UAAAUCUGCGGUAAAAACUGUUUACUGCAGAGAUAGAUGGAAUGUCACUGUGUUGACUCUCAGGUGAUAUAAUGAAGUGUAUAUCAACGCUGUUUACCGUCUUAACUAUCAUUUAUCUGGGGCAAGCUCAUCAGUUCCCGGAUUUUGGCAGCGGUCCUCUUCACGAGGAUGUCCAGGAUUUUUUAGACUUAAUCCCCACUGAAGAAAUUAGCAAAAUUGUUUCGGAUUACGCGUCAAAUGAUCUGGAAGUAAAAGCUGUUAUUGAUUAUCUUCAAACUUCGACUGUAUUAAAAAAUGUGACAGUAGAUUUGGAAGCUAUUCCAGAAGUGAUCAAGCUUAUGAAUUAUGUGCAAAAGGAAGGGCUCGAUAUUUAUUACAUAAUAAAUAAAAUUAAUAGAGCUCUCGGUAUCCCUGAUCUCGUACCACCUUCUUUUUAUUCAUAUUCUGUGAUCACACAAAGGACCGGUGGGCUUGCAGGACUUUUUGAAGAUAUUACGAAAGUGAUCUCUUUCGGCAAAUUCAUUCGCACUUACGUGCAGAAAAUGAGAACUUCCUUAAAUUUCGUUGACUUUAUUAACCAACUUAAAUCUGAUAACUUCCAGCAAGUCGUAAACAAAGCCUAUCAAAGUAAAUCUUUCCUAAUCAUUGUAAAUGGACUUAAAAGCAGCGGAGUGAAUACACAAAUUGUAGCAGAUGUCAUGUACAUAGUCCUUGAUAUCACUGUACCGAACGGUGUUUCUGUUUACCAAGAGCGUACAUUGAAAGAAUUGCUGGACUAAAAAUUCCAAGUUAAGUUCGCGGUGUAUUUUAAGAGAUGAAUCGACGCUUUAAACUGGCUGGACAGAAUUAUGUAAUGUUAUUCCGGCAUUUAUAUUAUUUCAGUUAUUUUAAAUGACGUGUCCGACCGAUGAGUAUAUCGUAUUAUUGUAUUCGAGAAUUUCUUGUACUUUUAGCUAUUCUCUGUCACACUUUUGUGCAUGUUUGUAACAUAUGAUAAUGUAUCGAAAACACAUAAUAUAUUCGUUUGUAUAUACAUACACUGCUGUCGGAAAAUAGACACUUAUUUUAUUUAACAGAAUUGUACAUAUCAUUUGUAGACAUUGUUUUUAUUAUAUAAUCGUAAAUUAUUAUUUUUGUUUUUUGCUUAUAAUUGUUUCUAAUUCACUAUUCAUUGAUGUGAUACACAACUGUUAAAUGGACACCCGAGAAAAAAUAGACUUAUGAAAUUAUAUAUGAUCAUAUAAUUGGCCAUGUAUAACUAGAUUCGAAGAAAUCUAUAAAGAAUGCGAUAAAAAGCUAAUAAUAUUUGUUGUAUUAUACGAUGAUAUAUAAUAAUAUAUAAUAAUAUAUAAUAAUA